GUGGAGAGAAAGGUAAAGGUGUUUUCGAGAUAAUCGCGUGUGAUGGAGGGUACGAGACCUGAUUCACCUGAACCCAGCUGUGUCUCCAUGAAGAGUGACCGGUCAAUGGAUCCUCCACUUAAAUUUAAAGAUGGAGGAUGUUCUACUGAUCUGAGACCAAAAAAGAAGAAAUUAAAUGUUAGUUACAGAGAUCAGCUGGAAUCCAUAUUUAAGGAACUUGAGCUCAAAGUCAUCAGCAUGUUAAAGAAUGAGCUAAACAAGUUCGAAAAGCUCCUGAAUGAAGAUUACCCAGCAUGUUCUGAGCAGGAGGUAAAGAAUGUAGAAGAUCUGAGGGGUUUUAGACAGGGGGCGCUAAAGAUCACACUGCAGGUUCUAAAGAUCAUGAACAAGACAGACCUCGCUAACACCCUGCAGAGCAAACUGGUCUCUGAGUAUCAAAAAAAACUCAAAUCCAAUCUGAGAGAGAAAUGUAAAAGAAUCAGUGAAGGAAUCUCUCAGCAUGGAAGCUCAGCACUUCUGAAUGAGAUCUACACAGAGCUCUACAUCACAGAGGGGUGGAGUGGAGACGUCAAUAAUGAACAUGAGAUCAGACAGAUUGAAGCAGCAUCCAGGAGACCAGCAACACAGGAGAAACCCAUCAAAUGCAACGACCUUUUUAAAAACACGUCCAUCAGAACUGUGCUGACUAAAGGAAUCGCUGGAAUUGGAAAAACGGUCUCAGUGCAGAAGUUCAUUCUGGACUGGGCUGAAGGAAAAGCAAAUCAGGACGUCAUCUUCAUAUUUCCACUUCCUUUCAGAGAGCUGAACUUGAUGAAGCAGGAAAAUCUCAGUCUGAUGGAACUUCUUUAUCAGUUUUUCCCAGAAGUGAAAGGUUUGCCAUCAUUAGACUGUAAUGCUUAUAAAGUUUUGUUCAUCUUUGAUGGUCUGGAUGAGUGUCGACUUCCUCUAGAUUUUCAAAAUAAUGAGCGAUUGUGUAACAUAACAAAGUCAGUAAAAAUUGAUGUGCUGCUGACAAACCUCAUUAAGGGGAACUUGCUUCCCUCUGCUCACCUCUGGAUCACCACUCGACCAGGAGCAGCCAAUCAGAUCCCUCCUGAGCGUGUAGACCAGGUAACAGAGGUACGAGGGUUCAGUGACCCUCAGAAAGUGGAGUACUUCAGGAAGAGGAUCAGUGAUGAGAACCUGGCUAGUAAAAUCAUUACUCACAUAAAGUCAUCAAGAAGCCUCCACAUCAUGUGUCACAUUCCAGUCUUCUGCUGGAUCUCAGCCUCUGUUCUAGAGAGAAUUCUGGAUGAAGCCAAGGGGAAAGAGAUCCCCAAAUCCCUGACUCAAAUGUUCACUUACUUUCUGAUCUUUCAGAUAAAACACAAGGAACAAAAGUACCAUGGGAAAUCUGACCCUGAUCCACACCAGACCAGAGAGAUGAUACUGGCACUGGGAAAACUGGCCUCCCAACAGCUGGAGAAAGAAAACCUGAUCUUCUAUGAGGAAGACCUGACAAAGUGUGGCAUUGAUGUCAAAAACACAUCAGUGUACUCAGGAGUCUGCACCCAAAUCUUCAAAAAAGAGGCUGGGCUGCACCUGGGUCAGGUCUUCAGCUUUGUGCACCUGAGUGUUCAAGAGUUUCUGGCUGCUUUAUAUGAAUUUCUCACCUUCAUCAACAAAAACAGAAAUGUGCAGGUGAAAAAAAACACUGAAUUCUGUAAAAUCUUUAGAAAGUCUAUGUCUGACUUUCUGAAGAGUGCAGUGGACAAGGCCUUACAGAGUAAGAAUGGACACCUGGAUCUUUUCCUCCGCUUCCUCCUGGGUCUCUCGCUGGAGUCCAAUCAGACUCUCUUACGAGGCCUACUGUCACAAAUAGGAAGUAGCUCUUACAACAAAGAGGAAACAGUCAGGUACAUCAAGAAGAAGAUCAGUGAGAAUCCCUCUCCAGAGAAAUCCAUCAAUCUGUUCCACUGUCUGAAUGAACUGAAUGAUGAUUCUCUAGUGCAGGAAGUCCAACAAUAUCUGAACAGAAGAGGUUUUAUUGAUCGCGAUGAACUUUAUCUGUCUCCUGCUCAGUGGUCAGCUCUGGUGUUUGUGUUGCUGAACUCAGAUCAGAAGCUGGAUGAGUUUGAUUUGAGUAAAUAUUAUCCAUCACAUAAAGGUCUUCUGACGAUGCUGCCCGUGGUUAAAGAAUCGAGAAGAGCUAAGUUGUGGUUCUGUAUGCUAACAGAGGAAAGUUGUGAAGUUCUGUCCUCAGUUCUCAGUUUAAACUCCUCCAGUCUGAAACAUCUGAACCUGAGUUACAAUAAACUGAAGGAUUCAGGAGUGAAGCUGCUCUCUGCUGGACUGGAGAAUCCACACUGUAAACUGGAGACACUGGAGUUGUGGGAGUGUGAUCUAACAGAGGAAAGUUGUGAAGUUCUGUCCUCAGUUCUCAGUUUAAACUCCUCCAGUCUGAAACAUCUGAACCUGGGUAACAAUAAACUGAAGGAUUCAGGAGUGAAGCUGCUCUCUGCUGGACUGGAGAAUCCACACUGUAAACUGGAGAUACUGGAGUUGUUUGGUUGUGAUCUAACCGAGAAAAGUUGUGAAGUUCUGUCCUCAGUUCUCAGUUCAAACUCCUCCAGUCUGAAACAUCUGAACCUGGAUAACAAUGAACUAAAGGAUUCAGGAGUGAAGCUGCUCUCUGCUGGACUGGAGAAUCCACACUGUAAACUGGAGAUACUGGGGUUGUGGAAUUGUGAUCUUACAGAGGAAAGUUGUGAAGUUCUGUCCUCAGUUCUCAGUUUAAACUCCUCCAGUCUGAAACAUCUGAACCUGAGUUACAAUAAACUGAAGGAUUUAGGAGUGAAGCUGCUCUCUGCUGGACUGGAGAAUCCACACUGUAAACUGGAGAUACUGGGUUUAAACACCUGCAGUAUUACAGAUGAAGGUUUUACUGCUCUGGCUUCAGCUCUGAAAUUAAAUCCAUCAUCACGUCUGAGAGAACUGCAACUGAACGAAAAUCAUCCAGAAAAAUCAGGAGUAAAACUGCUCAAAGAUCUACAGGUGGAUCCACAAUGUAACCUGGAGGAACUACACAUCAUAUUCUAACACAUUAGAUUAUGAGAAAAAGAUGAAGAGCAGAGAAGAUAAACAUCAUCUACUCUUCACACUGGGAUUCUACAUUCUACUGUGUUCAGCUUCUUACUGCUCAAAUCUGUAAACAUGCUUUCUGUAUAACUGUAUAAUCCUCUCAUGACAUCACUUCCUGUACAAGAUCAACACUCAUAAACCCAUUUUGAGGUGCUGAUGGACCUUCAUGUCCUCCCUGUAUACAUCAGUACUAAAGCAGUGAGUUUGGAGAGUCCAUCAGGUGUCUGGUACCAUCUGUACUCAUCUGAUAGACUGAACACUCAGCACCUGGUACAGGUGAGUUUGGAGCUGGGAAAUGGGGUGAGGGUCUAUGAGGACUGCUUUAGAAAACCCUGCAUUAGCUUGAUGCAUUAGCAUGCUGUUCACUAUCUGCCUUGAUCACGAAGGCAGUGUCGGAUGCUCACUCGUUCUUGAGCCAAAAUAACAUUGAAAUGUUAAGAUGCCUCAGUAGUAAGGAUAUUACUCUCAACCAGAGAAAACACUCUCAACGGUGUCAUGGUGAUGGUGGACGCUGGCGCAUUUGGCUGCCGCUACCGUUACCGUAUUUUAUUGUAUUUUUAUCGUUUUUCGUUUUCAUCUUUUUACACACCUUGUGGCUCUAUUUCUUUUAUGUUACUUUUGAUACUUUCAUUUGUUCUUUUGAUACUUUUUGUUCUUUCUACUGUGCAUCGCGUCUGCGGCCGGUGGCGAACGGUGGAUGAGUUUUCCUGCGAUCGGCACAAUGUUGAACUAUUCUGCUGACCAGCUGAUGAAGUUCAACAAUUACACUACUCCAUCGUGUAUUCUAGUCAUCAAACAGCUUGGACUCUUUCGCCGGCCUCGUUAUAUUCACAGGGGCUCCCGGAGAAAGCUUGUUUAUCUUCGAAACAGUAACGCUAUUCCGUCCUUCUGGUCAGCUGUGCGCACUGCCGCUCCACAAACACGUCAUCAGAGCGCUGCUGCCUUGCACACUAGUAGCGGUGUAGUCUCCAUGACAACGCUGUCCACGGAGUGGGAUAGGAAACGCGGAGUGGACUUUGCACCUGAUCUUGUCCGCGACUACUCAUCAGAUUUCAAACCUAUUUCAAAUAACUUUUAUCCUGAAAGAUUUCUUUUUAAAUCAUCAGUUAGAUUUUAUAUUUUUAACUGAAACAUGGCUCAGUGUUGACGAUUUUAGCCCUCUACUGGAACUGUGCCCUCCGGACUGUUCCUUUUUAAGCUGUCCAAGAGCCACUGGUACAGGAGGGGGUGUGGCUGUGGUUUUUAAUAACCGAUUUAAAUGUGAAGCUCUUUCAGUUGAACAUUUUACUAGUUUUGAAGUGCAGCUUAUACAACUGGAUUGUAGUAAUCCUCUGAUUUGUGCUCUUAUAUAUAGACCACCUAAUGUGGUUGGUAAUUUUAUCAAUGAAUUUUCUAAUUUAUUGGCUUGGAUUAUACCUACUGCAGACAGACUUUUAAUUCUGGUGGAUUAUAAUAUUCAUGUCCGUUGCCCAAACAAACCUAUGGUCAGUGACUUUAUGCACCUAAUAGAAUCUUUUAACCUUGUACAAUCAGUGGCCCCACUCAUAGUCUCAGUCUUGAUCUUGUUUUAUCUUAUGGUUUUCCUAUUAAUAAUACUGUAAUCAAGGAUGUUGGGUUUUCUGAUCAUAAAUCAGUAUUUUUUUAAUAUCACAUUGCCAAUGCAAGCCACCGACACCAGAGCUACAAGCUGUCGUUAUCGGCCUAUAAACUCUGCUACUGCAAGCAUUUUUUCAGAAUCUUUUCUUAAGAUGUCCCCUCUAGAGUGCAAUGUGCCUCCUUUUUCUAAUUCAACUGCUGACGAAUUGGUCACCAUGAUUAACUCCACCUGCUCAUCCAUCCUUGACUCUGUGGCUUCCUUCAAAACCAGGCGGGCUAAGGGUAAACCCAAUCAGCCAUGGGUAAAUGAUAAUAUCUGCAUCCUUAGAAAAGACCAUAUUUCUACUUAUAAUGUUGCAUCCCAAAAUAUUCCAUCUAUUUGGUCCAAUCGCACACAGACUGCAUUGUGUUAUAAAAAAACAAAACAAAAACAAACAUAUAUAAAUUCAGCUAAUCUCCGUUCUCUUCCUCGUUCCUCACAGCCAACUACACAACAAUACCACUUGAAAAUGGCAUUGCUUAAUGUUCGUUCACUCAACACAAAAAGUACUGUACUCAGUGAAUUUAUAUCUGACAGUGAACUAGACCUUUUCUGUCUCACUGAAACUUGGCAUAAACCCUUGGAUUAUUUUACGUUAAAUCAGACCACGCCAAUGGGAUACUCGUAUAUUGAUGAACCUCGUAUGGAAGGGCGAGGUGGUGGUGUUGCUGCAGUCUAUAGGGAUGAUAUUAAAAUAACCACUUUGUCUUUUCCUGCUGCUCUUUCUUUUGAACACCUGGCUUUCAAGUUGUCAGGGCCAACUCCUCUGGUCACUGCUGUAGUUUAUCGUCCGCCAAAGCCAAACGCUUCCUUUCUCUCUGAUUUUUCAGAUUUUUUAACCCAGCUUAGUGCCCUCUCAUCCUCUGUACUGCUUAUGGGUGAUUUUAACAUCCAUGUUGAUGACAACAACUGUAAAUUUGCCAGGGAAUUUUUGGAAUUGUUACAGUGUUUUAAUUUCACACAACAUAUAAAUUUUCCAACUCAUAAAAAAGGUCAUACUCUUGACCUUGUCUGCUCUACUGGUGUCCUAGUUCAUCAGCCGUCCAGCCAUGACCUUACUGUCUCUGAUCAUUUGACAAUCAUCAUGGACAUUGAGGUCACUAAGCCCAUCACUAGAGCUAAACGUAAAAUAUCCUUCAGGAAUCUUCAAUAUAUCUCUCCCUCUGCUUUCUCAAAUUAUCUUGUUAAAAAGAUGUCUGUCUGUCCUGUACUGUCUAGUAAUUCAUCUGACCUUGUCGAUUACUAUAAUGACAUACUCGCCUCAUGUCUUAAUGAGCUGGCUCCUUUGAGAACCAAAUUUGUUUCAUUUAGUCAUUCUGCACCAUGGUACACAAUUGAGCUUCACCAAAUGAAAUCCCGUAAACGCCAGCUUGAAAGACUUUAUAAGAAAACCGGUCUAACAGUACAUUAUCAGAUUUAUUCUGAUUAUCUUCAACAUUACAAAGACGCUCUUACGGCAGCCCGAUCCACUUACUAUUCCGAACUCAUACAUGCUGGAUCAACAAAUCCUAAGACUCUCUUUUCCACAAUAAAUAAACUUCUC